UGAAAAUGAGGAAAUCAUCAGUCAGGAAUACCUACUUGAGCAGCACUAUUAAUAAGGCCUCAAAGACUAGUCGGGACCGAGCAAAGCAGAAAUAUGAGACCCAUGAGAGAUAUAUUAUUGAGCAAGAACCUGACUGGGCAGAGACACUUACUUGUGGGAUUUACUCCAAGGAAAAUCGUUAUAAGAUAAUCAUUCACGAAGUUGUGAAGCAACAGAAGCAGCUAAUGGGCGUGUACGAGAAGAGCACCAGAUGCUCAAGGAUUUGUUGCUGUUUUCCAAGAUGGCGGGCUUACAACGGAGCCAUUUUCACAGAAGACUCAGAGCCAGAGCUAAUGUACUCCUACGAAAAAUCUUUUAGUAUCCCAUGUCUGGGGUGCUGAAGGCCUGAAAUCAGAGUCUACGACCACGAUGAGACUUAUCUCGGCAUGAUUAGGAACAAAUUUAGCUGUUUUAAGAUGAUAAUGGAGAUUUUAGAUGUAAAUGGCAAUCCGAUUUACGAAAUCAGUGGUACUAAGUGUACCCUAGGAUUCUGCUUCGAACCACUUUGAUCAACAUGCUCUCCAGUUAGCUACGAUAUUAAGGACCUGAGAAAGGAUGGUGUUGUUCUGUCUAAGGUCGUCAAACACUCCACUGGAUGAGGAAUGGAAUGUACAACCAAUGCUGAUCGGUAUUAUCUUGAUUUCUCAUCUGUGAUGACUUAUGAAGAAAGAGUAUGAUUGACAGUUGCCGUCCAUGAAAUUGACAUGCUUUGGUUUGAGAAGAAGGUUCCACUUAUGUGUUAGUACAAAUAUCGCAC